CUCUCUUACUUGAGAAAGUAUCUUUUUUGCUAGUGUAUGUACAUGUACAUUCGACAGCAAAGCAGAGCAUGCACCUAGGCCAGAUAACAGCUUUACACUUGUGGUGUAGAUCCAUGAGGCUGCUGCCGAUGUAGACAGAGAGAGGUUAAGAGAGCAGGUCCCCCUCAGCUUGAUUCCAAGCAGUGCAAGGUACUACUAUACUUGUACUGGUGUCUGUGAUUGAUUUGAUUAGUAGGAGGAGUAGGAUAAGUUAGCCAGCCGCGCACCCAACGCACCUGCUCCCUCCUUCCCCAAUCCCCACUCAUCUUCAUCAUCAUCAUCAGCAGCAACCCCCACGUCCACAGUCCACACACACCCCAACGCACCCGCCCCUGUUUAUCUCCUCCUCCUCUUCAUCAUCUUCUUCCUCCUCUGUUCUCUUCUGCUCUGCUCCAGCCUCCAGAGAGAUAGCAACUCAUCGCAAGACAAGUAACCGAUCGAGGGAGAGAGAGAGGUCAGGCAUGGACAAGUACGAGCCGGUCCGGGAGAUUGGGUCGGGCAACUUCGGGGUGGCCAAGCUGAUGCGCAACCGGGACACGCGCGAGCUCGUCGCCAUGAAGUUCAUCGAGCGAGGAUACAGGAUCGACGAGAACGUGUUCCGGGAGAUCGUGAACCACCGGUCGCUGCGGCACCCCAACAUCAUCCGCUUCAAGGAGGUGGUGCUCACGCCCACCCACCUCGGCAUCGUCAUGGAGUACGCCGCCGGCGGCGAGCUCUUCGAGCGCAUCUGCGACGCCGGCCGCUUCCACGAGGACGAGGCGCGCUACUUCUUCCAGCAGCUCGUCUGCGGCGUCAGCUUCUGCCACGCCAUGCAGAUCUGCCACCGCGACCUCAAGCUCGAGAACACCCUCCUCGACGGCAGCCCCGCACCCCGCCUCAAGAUCUGCGACUUCGGAUACUCAAAGUCGUCGGUGCUUCACUCGCGGCCCAAGUCGACGGUGGGCACGCCGGCGUACAUCGCGCCGGAGGUGCUGUCGCGGCGGGAGUACGACGGGAAGCACGCGGACGUGUGGUCGUGCGGGGUGACGCUCUACGUGAUGCUCGUCGGCGGCUACCCGUUCGAGGACACCAAGGACCCCAAGAACUUCCGCAAGACCAUCGCGCGGAUCAUGUCGGUGCAGUACAAGAUCCCCGAGUACGUGCACGUCUCGCAGACCUGCCGCCACCUGCUCUCCCGGAUCUUCGUCGCCGACCCGCGCAAGCGCAUCACCAUGGCCGAGAUCAAGGCGCACCCAUGGUUCCUCAAGAACCUGCCAAGGGAGCUCAAGGAGGAGGCGCAGCAGGCCUACUACAACCGCCGGCACGUCGACGUCGUCGCUCCCUCCUCGAAUAAUGGCACCGGCGCCGGCGCCGGUGCCUCCUCGAAUGGUGCCGCGGCGGCGGUGACCGCGCCCGCGCCGGCAUACUCGGCGCAGAGCGUGGAGGAGAUCAUGAAGAUCGUGCAGGAGGCGCAGACGGUGCCCAAGCCCGACAAGCCGGUGACAGGGUACGGCUGGGGCACCGGCGACGGCGAGGCCUCCGACGAGGACGACGGCAACCAGGAGGGGGAGGAGGAGGAGGAGUACGGCGAGGACGAGUAUGACCGGACGGUGAGGGAGGUGCACGCCAGCGGAGACUUCGGCAUGAGCAAGCUCCAAAUCUGACGUCAAUUGCUUCUCACCACAUGGCGCCGGCCAUUGCUCCCCCACGUCGUUUCUGGUCCACUCUGGUUAAUUAAUUAUCUGUUAAGAUUGAAUUUUUACUUUUUGUCAAUUGUAACAAAUUAGCUAAUUAACAUUGUCUUUUUUGCUCAAA